CGCAGUCAAUCAUCCCACAAUGAAGUUCAGUCAAAUAUUCUUUACUCCUCAUUUUGAUGCUGGUUUUCAUUGCAACAGAUAAAACAAUCCACAUAAUUGCACAUAAUUGCUCGCUGAGAGAUGCUACCAUGUGAUUUGUUAAUUAUACAUCUGCUUUGACAGCUGGCAUUUAUUGGCAGCUAUUGUCUUGACAGCAAGUUUUCAACCACAUAUUCACAUACUGAUGCACAUCUUACAAACAAAGUUAAUAUUCGGGGGGAAAGUAUUAAUAGCAGUUUUAUCUAUCAUUCGCAAUAAAAACACGGGGAUGUGCCUUAAGUUCAAAGUAGGCAUAGAAAUGUUUGACAUAAUCGUCUGGAAGCGAAUGAAACACCCCGCCUGAUCGUAAGCUGAUAUGUAAAUCCAGAUGUUCUCUCCCUCCCUGAUGUCAAGCCGGUCGGGUAACACCUCCAAAUAUUUUAGCCCAUUUUGUGUCCUCUUCAAACAUGCUCUUGAGAAACCUCUUGUUUUUGUUACGACAAACUGUUAGACUACAUUUAAUUUAAUAGCUUAACGUUUACUUUAUUGAUGCAAGGUUUAUUGUAUUUAUUUAUUUAUUUUGUACACGCGAGGUCAUGGCAAUAGGAAUCUUAUCCGCAAGAUGCUGUUUAACUCCGGAUCCAGCUUCAAUGCAUCACAUUAAAAGAGGAUUUAUUCUGCUAGUCGUGCUGACCUUAUCUUUGCUUGUUGUUGCUUACAUCUAUCAUAGUCCUUACAACCAUUUUAAUGUGGUUAAUUUAAUUAAGUCCUGCAAAACUGAAAGUUUGGCUGUCUCCAAAGAUUUCUGGAACAAAAUGCACUCAACUACAUCCAUUAGCACCAACCCUGUUCCACAGCAUCAGUAUGUGGCUCACCCAAGCAACUAUCACUUCAUUAUAGACGAACACGAGAAAUGCAAGCAGAUAAAUCCAUUCGUGGUCUUCAUGGUUCCGGUUGCUCUGUAUCAGAGAGAAGCUCGAAACGCCAUCCGGAGCACAUGGGGGAAUGAAACCACAGUCCAGGGGAAAACAGUGUUGACUCUCUUUGUGGUGGGUUUGACUGUAGGAGCAGACUCUGAAAAAGCUCAACAGCAGCUGGAGGAAGAAAGUCGACAACACAGAGACUUAAUCCAGAGCAACUUUGUGGACUCCUACUUCAACCUGACCAUAAAGACCAUGGUGACGAUGGACUGGCUGGCCACUCGAUGCCCUCAAGCGACGUUCAGUAUGAAGGUCGAUUCUGACAUGUAUAUAAACCUUGAGAACCUAAUGACCCUGUUACUGAGACCCGAAUUACCCAGGCAGAACUACAUCACAGGUUUUUUGAUGUGGGACCGGCCUGUUAUUAGAAACAAAAAAUCUAGAUAUUACGUCUCAGAGGAGCUGUAUCCCGAUACGAAAUAUCCUACAUACGUGCUAGGAGUAGCGUAUGUUUUCUCAAAUGAUCUUCCUAAAAAACUAGUUGAGGCUUCGAAGGACGUGGCGCCAUUUAACAUUGAAGAUGCAUAUAUUGGUGCUUGUCUGAAGCAGAUCGGAGUUAAACCUUCACGAUCUCCUGAUCCUUCUCAGUUUCGGACAUAUAUGAAGGAUCCCAAACACCACGACCUUUCCAAGGUCAUCACAACAAUCGCAAGGUCACCAAAGCAGAUAGUAGAGUUCUGGAAAAGUGUGAAGAGACAGACAUGAACAAAUGUUUGAUUUUGAACAUGAUAUCUUUUACUGUUUAUGUUUUUUUUGUUUUUGCAUAACUUUUAUGAUGCUAAGGCUGCUCAAAAAUGUGUCCCUGGACCACAACAUUAGAUUUAUUUUGGAUAGAAAAAUUUUUUAGGGGCAGCAUGGUGGUGCAGUAAUUCA